AGCAAAUGUGCUUUAUUUGUUUCCCUAUUAUUCUUUUUUGCAUUUUUUUGAUUUUUUUACUUGCCACAUAUAUUUCUUACACUUUACAUUUUAAAGCACUUCAACUCACAUUUAUUCAGUUAGUCGGCUAUCCAUCGUCUGAAUAUGACUUAUUUUGGCCAGCUUCCGUUUGUCAUUCUCAACCACAUCCUACGCAUAGCCAUCGACACUGAAGAGCGCACCCUCAAUGUUUGGGCAGACAACUUACCGUUGUUGGGCGUCUGUCACGAGUGGAGAGAAGUUGCUAUGGGACUGGUUUAUUGCUGUGCUAUACUGGAGGGAUCUAGCGAACUCAGCAAUGGUUUUGUUGAGCCCUCUGAAGAUAAAACCGGUGAAAACAAGCUUAUACACACCAACAUUGGGUUGAUAAAGGACACUGGAAACACGCAUUUGGUAAAAACGUUGUUCUUUAAAGCAAACAAAUAUCAGUAUUGUCAAUCGCUGGUUGACAACGUGCAUUCAAUAUUCUCAUUUGAAAAGUGCGACUGGAAUGGAGUCAGUGAGAUUGUAACUAAUGGUUGGUUGGAAGCAUCUGACGAUGAUGGCGAUGAGUCUCACUCUAAUAUUGCGCAACAAUUUGUCGAACUGAUUGCGGAAAACAUGCCGAAUGUUAGCAAAUUGGAUACUUGGACAUCUGAUAAAGAUGCCUUUGGCAUAUUUCGGUUAACCAACAGCUUUUACUUGCAGAAUCGGUCUGUUUUAGGCAACUAG